AUGGCAGUUCUCUGCGUCGACCCCGCGGCCUCUGCUCCUGUCUCACUGUGGUCCAUUUCAUCUGCUGGCAUCAUGGCUAUCGGCAAUCUUUACUUCAUUGCGGCCAUCGCCGUCGUCGGCGGUGGUCUGUUCGGUUUCGAUAUCUCGUCGAUGUCGGCCAUCAUCGAGACCGAUGCCUAUCUCUGUUACUUCAACCAGGCUCCUGGCCCCAGCGCGAGUGUGCAGGGUGGUAUCACCGCCUCCAUGGCUGGUGGUUCCUGGUUGGGCUCGUUGAUCUCGGGUUUCAUCUCGGACAGGCUUGGUCGUCGUACUGCCAUUCAGAUCGGUUCCAUCAUCUGGUGCAUUGGAUCCAUCAUUGUCUGUGCCUCCCAGAACAUUCCCAUGCUGAUCGUCGGUCGUAUCAUCAACGGUCUGAGUGUGGGUAUCUGCUCCGCUCAGGUGCCAGUGUAUAUUUCGGAGAUUGCUCCUCCAACCAAGCGUGGUCGUGUCGUCGGUCUGCAACAAUGGGCUAUUACCUGGGGUAUCCUGAUCAUGUUCUACGUCUCCUAUGGAUGCAGCUUCAUCAAGGGUACGGCGGCCUUCCGGAUUCCCUGGGGUCUGCAGAUGAUCCCUGCCGUGCUAUUGUUCCUGGGUAUGAUGCUCCUGCCUGAGUCACCCCGCUGGCUGGCACGCAAGGACCGAUGGGAGGAGUGCCACGCUGUUUUGACCCUCGUCCACGGUCAGGGAGACCCGAGCUCUCCCUUUGUGCAGCGUGAAUAUGAAGAGAUCAAGAGCAUGUGCGAGUUUGAGCGCCAAAACGCGGAUGUCUCCUACCUCGAGCUGUUCAAGCCCAACAUGCUUAACCGUACCCAUGUGGGUGUUUUCGUUCAGAUCUGGUCUCAGUUGACUGGAAUGAACGUCAUGAUGUACUACAUCACCUACGUCUUUGCCAUGGCCGGCUUGAAAGGUAACAACAACUUGAUCUCCUCCAGUAUCCAGUACGUGAUCAACGUGUGCAUGACUGUGCCGGCUCUGGUGUGGGGUGAUCAGUGGGGCCGUCGCCCGACCUUCUUGAUCGGUUCGCUCUUCAUGAUGAUCUGGAUGUACAUUAAUGCUGGUCUGAUGGCCAGCUACGGUCAUCCCGCGCCGCCCGGCGGUCUCAACAACGUGGAAGCCGAGUCCUGGGUCAUCCACGGCGCGCCCAGCAAGGCUGUCAUUGCCAGUACCUACCUCUUCGUAGCCUCAUACGCCAUCUCCUUCGGCCCCGCCAGCUGGGUGUACCCGCCGGAACUCUUCCCUCUGCGUGUGCGCGGCAAGGCUACCGCCCUCUGCACUUCAGCCAACUGGGCCUUCAACUUCGCCCUCAGCUAUUUUGUCCCCCCGGCAUUUGUCAACAUCCAGUGGAAGGUCUACAUCCUCUUCGGUGUCUUCUGUACUGCCAUGUUCUUGCACAUUUUCUUCUUCUUUCCCGAGACCACGGGUAAGACCCUGGAAGAGGUCGAGGCCAUCUUCACUGAUCCCAAUGGUAUUCCGUACAUCGGUACUCCCGCCUGGAAGACAAAGAACGA